CCUCGAUUUACUUCAACAUGUGCUCAAUUUCUCUAAUGGGCGACGAUAUUUAUGCCAGAGCUUGACACUACCAUAAGAGACGGAGACCAGCCAAAGUUCCCAAGGUUCCCAAGGUUCCCAGCCGUUGUGAAUUGAUUUUAUAUCUUUGACUGCCUUCCCGGCCCCUUAUCGAGCACUCACAAUAUGAUCUCUUAACCACUGGUUUCGAGAUUACAACGCGUUGUAUAAAAUGCUCCAGUUUCUCUUUGCCCUCGGCCCGCUGCAUACGUCAGCCCUCGUGCUGGGCUGUCUUUCCAUCUUCUUUCUGUCCCGGAAGCUCUUCGUUGAUUACAAGAUCCGCAAGCUGGGCGGUGUCCGGGCUCCCGUCCUAGCAACGAAUCCUCUGACAGCCCUUCCGUUCUUCCUCAACGCCGGCUAUUCCCAGACGAGGGACAGGCUCGACCACUUUUACAACGGUAUUUUCAAAUGGGCUACGCCAGAAUGCCCCAACUGUGUCGAGAUCGCCUUUCUUGGCCGGUCCCGGUUCUUGAUGACGCGGGAGCCUGAGCACAUUAAGACGAUACUCACCACCAAGUUCCGCGAGUAUGGUAAGGGUGAGCUGUUCCACGAGACUUGGAGCCCCUUCCUGGGCGAUUCCAUCUUCACCACGGACGGCCAGAUGUGGUCCGAGAGCAGGGCCCUGAUCCGGCCCAUGUUCAUCAAGGACCGCGUACGAGACCUCGAGAUAUUUGACAAGUGGACUACGACCCUCAUCAGCAAGCUGCCAACCUCGGGUCAGACGGUGGACGUCAUGGACCUGUUUUACCGCAUGACACUCGACGUGACGACCGAUUUCCUGCUGGGUGGGAGCGUCGACAGCCUGAACAACCCCAAACAUGAAUUCGUAGCCGCAUUCCAAGACGUCCAACGAAUCCAAAUGCUGCUGACCAUCAUGGCCCCCUUCCGCGCUCUCGUCCCCACCCACCGCUACACGCGCGGCAUCCGCACCCUCGAGCGCUUCAUCUCCCCAUUCAUCGAGCGCACCCUCUCCCUCCCCCCCUCGGACCUCACCCCCAACAACAACAAAGAAACCACCUUCCUGCACCACCUCGCCCGCACCACCCGCGACGCCAAAGCCAUCCGCGACCAACUCAUGGCCGUGCUCAUCGCCGGCCGCGACACGACCGCCGCCACGCUAUCCUGGACCAUCUACGAGCUGGCGCGCUGCCCGGCCGUGUGGGCGCGGCUGCGGCGCGAGGUGCUGGGCCUGGUCGGCCCGCGCGCCGCGCCCUCCUACGACGACCUGAAGGCCCUGCCGUAUCUGACGCACACGCUCAAUGAGACGUUGCGGUUGUACCCGGCCGUGCCGUAUAACCUGCGCGCGGCGCUGUGUGAUACGAGCUUGCCGGGCGGGGUGGGCAGGCCGGAUAUUGUGGUGUUGGAGGGGGAUGUGGUGGUGUAUAGCACGCUGGCGAUGCAGAGGAGGGCGGAUUUGUAUCCGGGGUGGUCUGGGACUGGGGGUGGGGGUGAGGGUGGGAAGGGGGUGGGGGAGAAGGGGUUUCCGGAUCCGGCGGUUUUCUGUCCUGAUCGGUGGGAUGGGUGGACGCCCAAGUCGUGGACGUAUGUGCCGUUUAAUGGGGGGCCGAGGAUUUGCGUGGGGCAGAACUUUGCGAUGACGGAGAUGGCAUUUACUCUCGUGCGACUCCUCCAAAAGUACGAGCGGUUGGAAUAUCGCGGCGACUGGCAUGCGCAGUUUCACAAGGCCGAGAUCGUGGGUGCUCCGGGACAUGGUGUGCCGGUUGCCUUCUUUGAGGCCGACGAGGGUGAGAUGGCUUGAGUUAUAUGGUUAUGACUGGCAAAUUAUGGGUUACAAGACCUGCCCGGGAUUUGGAUAUAUAUAUGUUUGGAGACUUGUUUGGUGUAGUUGGGUAGUUGCAUAUCCCUCACAUGUGGCUUAACCGCAUAUCACUCCUUGACCGAUAUCAGAUAAGCCUUGAAAUUUCCCAAACUGCACAUUUCUCAAG